AGGACCCUGUGACAUCGCGCAUUCUUGGAGGACGCCCGAUUGUAGGCCCAGUGCAUGCUGGUGGCGUCCGCGCUCUUCUGUCGGGAUCCACCGCUAACGUGAAGCUGUGGUGAGGACCCAGAGUUUCUUCAGACAUGUCGGUGAGGGAGUCCUUUAACCCCGAGAGCUAUGAGCUGGACAAGAACUUCAGGCUCACACGUUUUGCUGAGCUCAAGGGCACAGGCUGCAAGGUGCCCCAAGAGGUUUUACAGAAGCUGCUAGAAACCCUACAGGAGAACCACUAUCAAGAGGAUGAACAGUUCCUCGGAGCAGUUAUGCCUCGAUUAGGCAUAGGAAUGGACACCUGUGUGAUCCCUCUCAGACAUGGAGGCCUUUCACUUGUCCAGACAACAGAUUACAUCUAUCCUAUAGUGGAUGACCCCUACAUGAUGGGAAGAAUUGCUUGUGCCAAUGUUCUAAGUGACCUGUAUGCCAUGGGAGUGACAGAGUGUGACAACAUGUUGAUGCUCCUGGGAGUCAGCAACAAAAUGUCAGAGAAGGAGAGAGACAAAGUCAUGCCACUGAUCAUCCAGGGAUUCAAGGAUGCAUCAGAAGAGGCAGGCACAUCUGUAACGGGAGGACAGACAGUGCUCAACCCCUGGGUGGUGAUGGGGGGAGUUGCAACAACAGUCUGCCAGCCCAACGAAUUUAUCAUGCCAGACAAUGCAGUGCCAGGAGACGUGUUGGUGUUGACCAAGCCAUUAGGGACACAAGUGGCUGUUGCAGUACAUCAGUGGCUAGAUAUUCCUGAGAAGUGGAACAAGAUCAAGUUAGUGGUAACCCAAGAAGAUGUAGAACUUGCUUACCAUGAAGCAAUGAUGAACAUGGCUCGGCUCAACAGGACAGCGGCUGGUCUCAUGCACACCUUCAACGCUCACGCCGCCACCGAUAUCACAGGGUUUGGCAUCCUUGGCCACGCUCAGACUUUGGCACGACAACAGCGAAGCGAAGUGUCAUUUGUCAUCCACAACCUCCCAGUGCUUGCCAAGAUGGCUGCAGUGUCCAAGGCCUGUGGGAAUAUGUUUGGACUCAUGCACGGCACCUGCCCUGAAACAUCAGGGGGCCUGCUUAUCUGUCUGCCUCGGGAGCAGGCUGCCCGCUUCUGUGCAGAGAUCAAAUCCCCGAAGUAUGGCGAGGGCCACCAGGCAUGGAUCAUAGGGAUUGUAGAGAAAGGAAACCGCACUGCUCGCAUCAUUGACAAACCACGGAUCAUAGAGGUGGCACCACAAGCUGCCACCCAGAAUGUCAACCCAACUCCUGGUGCAACUUCUUAAUCCUCUUUACCUGCAUUAUAGACCGGAACCCAAAAGCUCUGCUGAGUGAUUUUAGACACAUAAACUACAAAACCAUCUUAGAGUGUUGAAAUACAGUAUAUACACAGAAUAGUAUGUACACAGAAAAGACUGGGGUGACGUGUAUCUACAUGAGAAACAGCCCCACACUGUGGCCCAGGCGGCAUGUCAUCACCCAGUGGACUCAACCUACAGUAUGCCCAUGAUGAAAAUUGGUAAGAAACAGUGCAUAAUUCACAUCCAUUUUGCCUUUCGUGUCUGUUGUAUUCUGUUAUGUUAAAUGUGUUCGCUUCUAGUAAGAGGGUGAUGAAGAUGAAGACAAAAAUCUGAUACUGUUGAUUCAUUUUGAAUCUUAGGAAGUGUGGUGUCUGUUGCCUCUUUGGCUCUUAAAAUUGCUCUCAUCAAGCAAGCGGGCCGUGUGAUGGUGUUUUUGUUUGUCUGUUCACUUUGUACAGUUAUUAAGCCUAGUUUUAGUUCAUUGCUGUAACUGAUGCCUUGAAAGAAACUGAGUGUGACCAGAAUGGUUUGUUUUUUAUUACUUUGACUUUUUGUAUUGUCCCCACCUAAACUAAUAAAUAUUCAAAUAGAA